AUGGAGCAAGAAGCUAUGCACGGUGCGGUGACCCCGGAACGAGAGCGUCGCAUACGCGCAGCCCUCGCUGACGUUACAGCACGGACCACUGCCAUGCCUUCUGAGGUAUUCCUCGGUCGAAAACAUUGGCCAACAACAUGGUCCCCGGAUAUGGAAUUCAAACGUAACUCUUCGUUUCAUUCAUUAUUACGCACACCACCUAAAACCUCCGGUCCGGUCUCGGCUCCAAAACUGGGUGCCAUCUUGCGGUCUUCGCCGAGAAAGCGGCUGCUAUUAGGCGAAGUAGAAAGAAUUCCUCUCACACCAGAAAAGAUAGAUUUCAGUGACAUCAGCACUCCUGAAAAGUUUAAAAUCACCAGCCCAAUUAAAAGUACACCGCCAAUGAAAAAAUCUCGCCUCGAAAAACUAACAAAAUUCAGCGGACCAAUAGACGCAGCUCUAAAGGGGUUAAGUCGCACUCAGCUCAUAAGUGUCAUUAAAAACAUAACUUAUACGCAUCCUGAAAUCGAAGAGGAGAUACGCAGAGAGAUGCCGACGCCAGACUUAGCCCCGCUAGAGGAGAGAUUGAGUUAUUUGAAGUUGAAUAUCUUCAAGAGUCUGCCGACAUCACGAUUGACUUCAAUAACUGACUCGCCUGCUUACUCCCGCGUUGCGACACAUUUGGAUGCAUUCAAAAAGUGUGUCGUGGAACAAGGGAAGAUUUUGGUGGAAUCUCAGCAUUGGGAGUCUGUUAUUCGCUAUGUUUUUCUCGCAUGGACUUAUGUAAGAGCUACGCCUGUUUGGGACAAUGAACCGCAUAACACUCAACGUAUACAAUGUUUCAAAGCGCUCACCAAUUUUUGUAUGUCAGCUCUAAAGAAAGGUGAUCUGAGUCAGGAUUUCCUAAUCGAUGUCCAAGAUAAACUACAAGGCAUGGUUACCGACAAUGAUGAUAUACAAACAUGUCUAAAGCACAUUCAAGGACAGUUACAAGUAUAG